UUGCGGCGGCGACGGACCGGAAGAGGUGGUGUUUAAGCCAAAAUGAGGGAAAAUAAGAACAUGUCCGAGUCUCCUUCUCAAGCGGGAAAGGAAAUACCAUCGAAAAAACAAAAACUGAGUAGUGACGAGAACAGUAACCCCGAUAUAUCUGGAGACGAGAAUGACGAUGCUGUCAGUGUUGAAAGUGGCACCAACACAGAGCGCCCAGACACACCCACAAACACUGCCAAUGCCCCAGGCAGAAAGAGCUGGGGCAAGGGCAAGUGGAAGUCCAAAAAGUGCAGAUUCUCUUUUAAAUGUGUUAACAGUCUGAAAGAAGACCACGGUCAGCCAUUAUUUGGAGUUCAAUUCAACUGGCACAGCAAAGAGGGGGAUCCUCUGGUUUUUGCCACUGUUGGGAGCAACAGGGUAACUUUGUAUGAAUGUCACUCUCAGGGAGAAAUAAGGCUCCUUCAGUCCUAUGUGGAUGCAGAUGCAGAAGAGAACUUCUAUACAUGUGCCUGGACGUACGACACCAACACGAGUCACCCACUGCUCGCUGUAGCUGGUUCCCGUGGUAUAAUUCGGGUCAUAAAUCACAUCUCAAUGCAGUGCAUCAAGCACUAUGUAGGACAUGGAAAUGCCAUCAAUGAGCUCAAAUUUCAUCCAAGGGACCCAAAUCUCCUGUUGUCUGUCAGCAAAGAUCACGCCCUGCGCCUGUGGAACAUACAGACAGACACAUUAGUUGCUAUAUUUGGGGGAGUGGAGGGUCACAGAGAUGAAGUCCUGAGCGCUGACUUUGAUUUGCUGGGUGAGAAGAUCAUGUCUUGUGGCAUGGACCAUUCUCUAAAACUUUGGCGUAUCAAUUCUGAAAGGAUGCAGAAGGCCAUCCGUGGGUCAUACGAGUAUAACCCCUCAAAAACCAACAGGCCUUUCGUCUCAGAGAAAAUUCACUUUCCUGACUUUUCAACACGGGACAUUCACAGAAACUAUGUGGACUGUGUGCGGUGGCUGGGUGACCUCAUUCUUUCUAAGUCCUGUGAAAAUGCAAUUGUUUGCUGGAAACCUGGAAAAAUGGAAGAUGACAUUGACCACAUUAAACCUAAUGAGUCUAAUGUGACAAUUCUGGGACGGUUUGAUUAUAGCCAGUGUGACAUCUGGUACAUGCGCUUCUCCAUGGACUUUUGGCAGAAGAUGCUAGCUUUAGGAAACCAGGUUGGGAAGCUUUACGUUUGGGACCUAGAGGUAGAAGAUCCACACAAAGCCAAAUGCACCACGCUGACCCUCCCCAAAUGUGUGUCUGCCAUCCGACAAACCAGCUUUAGCCGUGAUAGCAGUAUCCUGAUUGCAGUGUGUGAUGAUGCCUCCAUCUGGCGCUGGGAUCGGCAACGCUGACACUUGUGGACUGAAGAAAAAGAAAUGCUGCUGCUUUUGGUGCUUCCAUUUGCCCUGAUGCGUUGUCCUUGGCUUUUUAUGUUUAGAAAAUGUUUCCUCAAAGACAAGUAAAUAUUUUUUUCCUUUUUUUGAACAACAGUGAUGCAGAAAAGUAAGAUAAAAAUGGGGCUUGUAAUCAUUCUAGUAAUUUUAUUUUCAUUGACUUUAUUAUUGAAAAUUAUAACAUCAUGUUGGUAAAAUAGGCAUCGGCACAGCUUCGUCUCUCCUUAGUGUGCCUUUCACAUUUUUAAAUCAAUAAAGCCUGAAGAUACAUUA